AUGGCUAUAAAAGAAAUUUGUAUUAACGAUAGAUUAACUCUUCAUUCAAGUGCGUACUUAAUUGACCCAGCAGCUACUGUCCGUGAACUCAUUGAUAAUAGUGUUGAUUCAGGUUCAUCGAAUAUAGUUGUUGAGCUGGAUUCCAAAACGGGAGGUUGUGAAUACAUAUCAGUAAAGGAUAAUGGAUCUGGAGUGAUGCCAAACGAUCGACCUCUUAUGUGUUUGAAUCAUUAUACCUCUAAAACAAAGGCUUUUUCCGAUCUUCAAUCUAUAGACACAUUGGGAUUUAGAGGUAAUGCAUUAUCCAUCAUUGCAAAUUUGGCAUCUCAAAAAGGUUCCGUACAGAUUACAACAAGAACUAACUUGGAAGAGAUUGGCGAAACAUGGUUUGUUGAUAAAUUAGGAUCAAUCAAAGAUAAUAAAAUAAAAAAAGUUAAUAGUGAAGUUGGCACAAAGGUAGUAAUUAAGAAAUUAUUGAAGGGGUUAUAUGUAAGGAAUAUUGAAUGUUCUAAGAAGGGUAGAAGUACAAUCGAGAAAGUUAAAAACCUGCUAACACAUUACUCACUCAAUUUUAAGAGCAUCAAAUUUCAAUUUUUUCUUAUUAAACUAAAUAAAGACCAAUCGAUAGCCUUAAGACACAUGCAACGUAAUACUGAAUUAAAUUUAUCUAGGGUUCGAAAUUUAAUGAUUUUAGCAGGCUUACCGCCCACCGCCAAAAACAUGAUUUUAAAUGAGAGUGGCAUAAAGAUCAAUGAGAAUUUUCAGAUAGAUUUAAUUCUGCCAGGUUAUUUAUUUCAACAUGGAAAUGAUACUUCAAAAAAAAAUUGUAAAUUUUUAACCGUUAACAAUAGGGCUCUAUCACUCUCUCUGUCUUUUGGAAAGGAAAUUACUAAAAUUUUAAAUUAUUCAUAUCAAGCAUUAGAUUUGGUGAAACCAAAAUUUUGGUUCUUGUGUUUUCAUAUAAACCCAUCAAUGAUUGAUAUAAACAUUGAGCCGGAAAAAAAUGAUAUCUUUAUCAAAAAUCAAAGUGCAAUUUUUGAUUCUUUCAGUUCUUUGGUUACAGAUUUCUUGUUAAGAUCGAAGCUGCAUAAUUUAGAUAGCCCACCAAAAGAAAUUUAUAUUAAUGAGAAACAUGGCAGUCAGGAACCAGGGGAAGUACAACAUACUGUAAAUUGUAAUAAAACAUCAUCUGCUGAAUUGCUAUUAAGUCGUGGCAAUGAACGUAAGGAAUAUAAAGAUUAUGCAUUUAGUUUGAACAGAUAUCAGAUUCCAAAAAAACAUAUACGGAAAAAGAAAUUAACGUCUGAACAAAUCAUCCUAUCAUUACAAAAUACACCAAAUGAAAAGAGUUUAGGGACAUCAUUACUAAAAGAUUAUUCAAUGAAAAAUCGUAAUUUUUAUCAUUCACAGAUGAGAAAAAUUGGAUUAUAUUCAGAGUAUACUAAUAAGAUAUCUAUCAAUGUGACAGUAAGCACCGCUCUCACAAACUCUUAUAAUUAUAAGAAUGAUUUAAAUUGGUUAAUGCGAGACUCGUCCUUAAAUAUCGCGCUCUCGAGUAAGAUGAUCGAACUCGAGCAAGAAUUGCAUGGAAAUAUUACAGGCAUUAUCAAUAAAACUUCACAUGGAUGGUAUUAUUACACCACUAAAAAAGAUGAUAAUUAA